AUGUCGUCAACGACGCUCGCACCUGGACUCGCGCGGAAGGUGAAAAAGGUACUGGACACGCGAUUAGAUGGACGCGAAACUGUGGCGUGUUUGAAAGCUUUGUCUGAAUUCUACAUCGAAAACGAUCAGAGCGCGCGCAGAGGUUUACGGUUCGCCAUCGAACGGCGAGGGUUGGACAUCAAUAACGAGUUCAUUCACGCGUCUGAAUCUACGCAAGGCACGCUCAAAGCCGUAGACGACAAGUUAGACGCAUUGACGCAGUGUGUCGAUUCUAUCGAAGAAGCGUUGGAGAAGAAAUCGCAGUCCACUGUGGCUUUACUGCGCGAAACGGAGAGCGCAAAGAAUGAUCUCGCACGAAUUCAGUCGAGAAGCAAAGUUAUCGACACGUUUUUGAGAGAUUAUCAGCUGAAAGAAUCGGAACUGAACGCACUCAAGGAAGAUAUCGAUGAAACGACUGAGAUCGUCGGUGGUGUGUCCGCGUCGACUUCCCGCGUCAUAACACCUCUAUUUUAUAAAGCACUCAGACGAGUAAAACAAAUCCAUAAGAAUUGUGCCCACUUGCUUCGAACGCAACAUCAACGUUCGGGCUUAGAGCUCAUGGAUGUUAUGUCCGGUCACAUGGACCAAGCGCACGAAAAGCUUUGUCGAUGGGUUCAAAGUGAAGUGCGCAUCGCGGCUGAGAACGAGUUUGAUAAUACCAGUAGCUUUUCCGCGGACGCAGAAGAGCGGCUAGAGCAAGUCGCGAAAGCACUGCGCGUUUUACGUUCCAGACCAACGUUGCAUCAAUAUUGCGUAGAAGAGAUUGCAAGAACACGACACAAUGCGUUGUUUCGUCACUUUAUUGCAGCACUGACUCGAGGAGGCCAAUCUGGAAAAGCUCCGAUCGAAGCACGCGCGCACGAUCCGGUUAGAUAUAUUUCUGAUAUGCUUGGAUGGAUUCACCAAGCCGUGGCGAACGAACGCGACGUAUGCAACGCUUUGUUUUUAAGUACAGAUGCAUCGCUGCUCUCCGACGAAGAGGACGAGAAAGAUGCGAACAAUACAUCUAGCACGAGAGAUGACGCAAACUCUGGAAGUGUGAAGGAAAGCGCAGAUACAAGCGGCGAGCUAUAUGACAACAUGGAGGGAAUCGCGAAGGAUACGAUGGUUAAGAUAAUGGAUGGUUUAUCGCGCCCGUUAAGAGUUCGCGUGGAGCAAGCUUUAGCUGGAACACCGGAUGCGUUAGAAACGUACAAAAUUACGGGAGUUUUACACUUUUACUCUGGAGUUUUAGAACAAUUGCUUUCGUUGACGACGGCAUCUCCCUCCGAAGCCGAGAAAGGUUUGGUCGAAGCUGUCAAGGUUUGCGCGAAAGCCGCGCAAACGUCCUUUAACGAUGACGCAAUAGUCAAGGGUGCUGCAAUUACUCGCAACCCACCAGUACCGCAAACAGGAUUACAUGCGCCUCCAAUUGUACAAGAACGCUUGGAGGUGGCGAUUUCUAUUUUGAAAGCUGCUUCAUCGGACGUUCCAUCGAGCGGCGGCUUAUCGGGCAGAGAACAGAGCGGAAUCAACGAGCACGGGAAUGCUGGAGCGGAUAAAAUCAUCGUGAAAGUAUUAGAUGCCAUCAUUGAUCCAGUCAUUGAAGCGUGCGAGUUGGGAGCGAACAAGUUGAUCGAGGUAAAUUCGACCAUCAUCGGUGGCUCCAAGACUGUGCCAUGGGCCGCAGAUGCCUACGUUUUAAAUUGCCUUGGAGCUUUGCACACUCCGUUAAAGCAGUAUCCGCUAGCACAAGCGAAGACGCAAGACUUGACGAGACGCAUUUCAAACACGGCCACAGAUGUCGCCGAUAAUUACGCGGAAUCAAUCUUAAAUGCGUGUGGUCUUCUCGACGUGCUCGAACGAGUUUCUUUGUAUCAAGAACGUUCGUCUGGCGUGAUGUCUCACGAUCCGAGCUUGACUUUAGAUAUCAUCUCUAAAGCGUUGCAAGGUUUAGUAGAAAGUGCCAAGGAUGGCGCCCCGGAUUUUCAAGAAGUUCAAUCACCUCGAGUGCGAUUGGAUAUCCAGAACCGGUUCUCGAAUCGUUUGAUCGAAGCGUACACUCGCGUAUAUAUCGCCGUCUUGAAUCCAAACGCUGGGUAUGGUUCAAACGAGCGGGACCAUAUCAAACACGCGCCAGAUGCGUUGAGUACGAUUUUCGGCAUGUAA